AUGCGACACACGAAUCUUCCAGAAAUUAUCUUGAUUUCCUGCGACAACGACCUGCACCUUCUGCGGGAGUACUUCCUCAAAGACAUCCCUGUGCACAACGCAGAGUUCAUCCUGAGCGGAGUCCUCACACAGAAGAUGGACUACAGCUCAUAUCCUUUUGUUUGCAUUCUGGGAGGCUUCGUCCUGUCCCAGUGCACUCCGGCAGAUGCCGUCGCUGCUUUGGACCAGAUUUCCGAAAUACGCAGUGGUGGUUUUGAGUUUGUUGUUGAGGAAGUGUCUAUAGACCAUGUUUAG